GCAUAGGCUGUCACUUUUUUAACCUCACUCUACUAAAUCGAAAAUUAAUUCUAAAUUGCAGCGAUUUGUUUACGUGCAGUGAAAACUUUCACUGGCAGUAGCACACGUCAUAUGAUUAUAACAACUUUCCAUGCCGCUACCGUUACUGCGCGUCAUACGUAAUUCAUUUGCAUUUCGGACUGGAAAUUCAUAUUUUGGCCGCCAUUGCAAGUUGUUACGUAGUGAAUCCCGUUAUUCGGAGUGGGGGCCAGAGCGCGCGCGGGGGGCUCGUAUCGGCGCGGUUGCAACGCGAGUUCACUCUGUCACUCGGUCAUUACGGUAUUUCUCUGUUGCGCGUCCCACAUUUCUGAUCUUGAAAGAAAAAGUGACAAUGCUCGAAAACAAACCGUUUCAGCGGCUCCCAAAAUGUGUUGUACCAAAACACUACGAUUUGGAACUUGUUCCGAACCUAGAGAAAUUUACGUUUACUGGAAAAACGGCAGUGAAAGUAUCGAUCGUCAACAGCACGAAGCAAAUAGUACUUCAUUGUCUGGAUUUGGAGUUGACGAGCGUUAAGUUGCAGUAUAACGAUGGCGGGUCUGACUCAACCAAAAGCCCAGCGGAAGUCCGUGUCAGCCCUGCUGACGAGACUGCCACUAUCGAGUUCGAGCAGCCUCUGCCUUGUGGCGACGCCACCCUGCUGUGUGAGUUCACGGGCGAGAUCAAUGACAAGAUGAAGGGUCUCUACAGAAGCAAGUACCUGACCCCUGGAGGCGAGGAGCGCUACGCCGCCGUCACGCAGUUCGAAGCGACCGAUGCACGUCGCUGUUUCCCCUGCUGGGAUGAACCGGCUAUCAAAGCCACUUUUGACAUAACACUGGAAGUUCCUGCUAACAGAGUAGCACUCUCCAAUAUGCCUGUCAAGGAGGAAAAAACGAAUGGUGACAAAAAAAUUGUGAAAUUUGACACAACUCCAGUAAUGUCCACCUACUUAGUGGCAGUGGUUGUUGGAGAAUAUGAUUAUGUGGAGAAAAAAUCCCGUGAUGGUGUGUUGGUGCGUGUAUACACCCCAGUUGGAAAGAGUAAACAGGGAAUGUUUGCUCUAGAAGUAGCUGCUAAAGUGCUUCCUUAUUAUAAGGAGUAUUUUGAUAUAGCAUAUCCAUUGCCAAAAAUUGAUUUGAUAGCCAUAGCAGACUUUUCAGCUGGAGCUAUGGAGAAUUGGGGUCUGGUCACUUACAGGGAGACUUGUCUGCUGGUGGAUGAGGAGCAUACAUCUGCUGUGAGGCGGCAGUGGAUAGCCCUAGUUGUUGGACAUGAGCUGGCACAUCAGUGGUUUGGUAAUCUUGUCACAAUGGAGUGGUGGACUCACUUGUGGCUGAAUGAAGGCUAUGCAUCUUUUGUUGAGUUCCUGUGUGUGAAUCAUCUGUUUCCUGAAUAUGAUAUUUGGACUCAAUUUGUUACUGAGACUUACAUCAGAGCUCUAGAAUUGGACUGUCUGAAGAACUCCCAUCCUAUUGAAGUACCAGUUGGUCAUCCAUCAGAAAUUGAUGAGAUUUUUGAUGACAUUUCAUACAACAAGGGGGCCUCUGUGAUAAGAAUGUUGCACCGAUACAUUGGUGAUGAGGACUUCCGUAAAGGAAUGAACAUUUAUCUUACCAGACAUCAGUACAAAAAUACUUUCACUGAAGAUUUGUGGGCGGCACUAGAGGAAGCUUCAAAGAAGCCUGUAGGAGCUGUGAUGUCUACAUGGACUAAGCAGAUGGGCUUCCCUAUGGUUCAGGUGACAUCUGAACAAAGAGGACCUGAUCGAGUCCUCACUCUGACACAACAAAAGUUCUGUGCAGAUGGUAGCCAGUGUGAUGACUCACUGUGGAUGGUUCCUAUCACUAUCUCCACCCAAGAACAUCCAGCUAAGAUCGCGCUAUCUACCGUCUUGGAGAAAAGAACCCAAGAAGUCGUCCUGGAGAAUGUUGCCGAGAGCUCAUGGGUGAAACUCAAUCCUGGCACGGUGGAGUACUACCGUACCCGCUACCCGCCGUGCAUGCUGGCGCAGCUGGUGACGGCGGUGCGCGACGGUUCGCUACCUCCGCUGGAUCGUCUGGGGCUGCUCGACGACUGCUUCGCCCUCGUCCAGGCCGGACUCACUCAUACCGCUGAGUCUUUGAAACUGAUGGAAGCGUUCAGCAACGAGACGAACUUCACGGUGUGGUCAUCCAUAUCCAACUGUUUGUCGAAGUUGGAGGCUUUGUUCUCGCACACGGCGUUAGAUAAGCCACUCAAGAACUACGGGCGGAAACUGUUCUCCAACGUGACUCGUCGCCUGGGCUGGGACGCUGAGGAGAAGGAGAGCCAUCUCGAUACGCUACUGCGGAGCCUCGUGCUUAAUAAAAUGAUCACCUUCGAAGACCCUGAUACGAUACAAGAAGCUAAGAGCCGGUUCGAGAAGCACACAUCGGGCGCGUGCACUCUACCAGCGGACCUGCGCUCGGCGUGCUACCGCGCGGUACUGUCGGACGCGGACGAGGCCACGUUCGAGCGGUUCCUGCAGCUGUACCGCGCCGCCGACCUGCACGAGGAGAAGGAUCGCAUCAGCCGCGCGCUCGGCGCUGUCAAAGACACUGAGCUGCUCAAGAAAGUCCUCGACUUUGCUGUCUCGGAUGAAGUGCGCUCUCAAGACACGGUGUUCGUGAUAAUGUCGGUCGCCUGGAGCCGCAACGGGCGCGACCUUGCGUGGCAGUUCUUCAAGGAUCACUGGCAGCAGUUCAUGGAUCGUUACCAGGGUGGGUUCCUGAUCGCCCGGCUAGUGAAGUCGACGACGGAGAACUUCGCGUCGGAAGCCGCGGCGCAGGACAUCGAGGAGUUCUUCCGCACGCACCAGUCGCCGGGCGCCGAGCGCUCCGUGCAGCAGGCGCUCGAGACCGUGCGCCUCAACGCCACCUGGCUGCGCCGCGACCUCGCGUCCUCCACCGCCUACCUGCAGUCCUACCACUGACACACCUAGCCCCCAAACCAAAUGACACAAGACUGAAACUACAACGAAAUCCACUGUUAUGUUUCAAUCGGAGUUGACGUGGCUAACUAGCGCUAGCGUUAUUUAUUUUAAUGACAUUCUUAUUGUAAAUUUUACGGGAGUUUUGUAUUAUAUUUUACUUUAUUGUAUUUAUGAGUACAUUACCGAGUAUACGCAUUUGAAUAGUGAAGUAGGUAAAGCUCUGUUUAAGAACUUUAUUUUCGUGGUUGGCUUGCCCAGUACAUUUUGCUGUGGUUAGAGUGCGAAUUUCCAUAUAUGUACGUAAUAACAUUGACAAUAUUACUAUCACAGCCUGCCUGUUCAAUAAGAUUUUUAGCCAUUUGCCUUUUACCACGAUACCGUUUACGACUUUUAAUACACUUGUUAGUAUACAAUACACCACAUGUUCAGUCAAGACAUAGUCAUUUAUUACAAACGAGCGAACUGGAUUAAAAGAGAGCUUUGUUUAUUUACUCGGGUCGCACACAUGCGAAAUCAAACCUGAGACUAUUUCUAGAAAAGAUAUAAUCAAUGUAAUUUUAUAUUUAUUACCCACCAUAGACAUUUGAUUGCGCACGUGUGCGUUGCUUGUAUCAACAAAACACUGCAUACCUACUUGUUUGUAUUGAAUGGCUAUGUCUAGGCUUAUUAUUUGGUCUGAUCUUGUUAGUACUAAUCCACUAGCGAAUCAGCCUGAUGACAUAUAUGUGUUUAUGAGCGAGCAUUAAUACCAAUAUACUUCGGUUUUCAUUGAAACUACAAAGGACAAGCUAUCAUGUAAAUGUGUAUAAAUAUUAUUUUAAUUUAUGUUAUAUAAUGUUACGUGUGAUGUAAUAUUGGUGCUGAGUGCAUUCAUUUAUGUUUUGUUUCAUACCGUAAGGAAGGUAUAGUAAUUUGUCUAACGUAUGCUUCUUCGACACUAACACCUACAUUUUCUAUAAAAAUUGUAAGUACUAAAUAGUUUCAAUAACCGUGCAAUAAGCAAACUUAAUAAUCUUUGUAAUAAUUUAGGUACUUGUAUACUUGCUUGCUUAUGUGCAAGUUCAGUCAAAAUUGUGAUGUAUGGGCUAAAGUAAUUCGAAGUUACCAUCUUUAUGCGUUAGUGUCUAUUUGUUGUCAUCGCGGAUUCUUGUUUGUAAGACUGUGUUAUCGCAAUAAAUCGUACAAAAAUG